AUGACUGCAAUUACGCAAAACUUGCCCAAAUUUAUAUCAGACCUUGGAAUCUCAAUAAUUGGUGAGAAAUGUUAUUCCUCGCUGGUCGAGAACCUCAAUGUCGGGGACGUGAAUUGUCUCAAGUACUCGCUCUCCAAGGGCUUGGGUAUUGGUAUCGUAGUUGGAGGCUCUAUCAUGAAAGUUCCCCAGUUAAUGCUGAUUCUUAACGGGCGCUCCGCUCGCGGUCUCUCCUUACCCGCAUACGUUCUUGAAACACUCGCAUAUGCUAUUACGGCUGCAUACUCAUACCAAAAUGAGUUCCCAUUCUCGACAUACGGCGAGAAUCUAUUCCUUACUAUACAGAAUACCAUAAUUACUCUCCUAAUCAUCUACUUCCCGCCUCCAUCACUUCGAAAUGUACAGGCCACUGGCCCACGACUGGCAAUCGCCAGCGCAGCUUCCGUCGCAUCCGUCGUCACGCUGUAUGUUCUCCCUAAAGAUAUCCUGUCUCUGCUGCAAAUGGCCACGUUGCCACUAUCCCUCUUUUCCAAACUCCCCCAAAUCAUGCAGAACGCACGUGCCCGCUCCACGGGUCAGCUCUCUGCGUUCGCUGUCGUUUCACAAAUCGCGGGUUGUCUUGCUCGUUUGUUCACCACCGCCACCGAAGUCGGUGAUCUCAUCGUCACUGCUGGCUUUGCCCUUGCCCUCCUUCUCAACAUUGUGCUCGGUGCGCAGAUGUGGUUGUACUGGGGUAGUGACCACAAAGAAGACUUUGGAAAGACGCAGAUUGGAGCACUCAGCGAGAAGGAAAAGGAAGACUGGGCAUCGGAGAGGCAGGGAAGAGUUGAUGUUGUCGUUACUCCAAAGUCUCCUGUACCGCGUCAUACCGCGUCACCUUCAGGUAGAAAAUGGGCAAGGAAGGUUGACUAG